AUGAAGGAGAGCUCACUUGGCGGCGCGUGCGCAGGCCAGGAGGAGCCUGCACCGCCCUCUACGCGCAUGCACGGACGUCAACUGGCGUGUUUCCGCCCGAAGCGCCGCUUUCGGCUUGCAACGGCUGCUCAGAAGACGGAGGACGUCGAGCUGGCGUGUCAUUGUGAACACCAAGUGCUGCAAUGUCUUGUGGACAUCCAGCAAUACACGGAAAGAGAGCUGGAUACCGCCGAAGACUUCCACAAAAAUCGUAUGCGUAAGUGGAGCGAGCGCUUCGUCACCCGUGACUGGGCACAGGAGCGUGUGUGUCAAAAGUGGAAGGAGAACCAAAAGCGCUUUACAGAGCAGGAAGAAGAUGCACUGGAAGAGGACUUAAGCAGCACCAAGGCUACAACCAAGACGGUUAAGAUGGCGUUUUCUACGCUGGUGUGCCGCCACAUCUGCGUGGACAGGUCUGGUGGAUGUGCAGCGGCGCAGCGGAGCUUCGACGUGAAGCCAAGGAGUCGUAUCCUGCGCUACUACAUCGACUGCAUACACUGA